UGAGCAGGAGGGCAAGCGAGAGGCUAUGCGAGCGAUCGCAGCACGCGAGGCUGCGAGGGCGAAAGCUGCAGCUGCAGCCGCCGCCGCAGAGGACGCUCGACGCGCAGAGAAGAGUGCUGCAGAUGCGACCCUGCUAGAGGGCCAGACGACCAUCGGUGGCGGACAGACCAGUCACUCCGUGGCGUCCGACAAGAAGCCGGUCAAGAAGAAGGCGGGGAAGCCCAAGCUUACUGCGAAGGAGAAGAAGGAGCGGAGUAUGGAGAUUGAAAAGAUAGUGAACUGCCUGCCGCUAGAGUUCCGAGGGAGCGAUCCGAAUUUGCGCCGCCACAUCGAUCUAGUCAUCGAAGGCAUGCUGGACGCACCAACGCGCGUUGUCAAGAUUCAAGACCUCAUCAAACCUCCGGACCUCAACCAGGCUCGCGUCAACAAGUGCUUGAUUGCACUGGUCAACCGGAAGAUCGUCACGAAGGAGAACGCUACUGGAACUACGCUCUAUCACUGGCAAGGCAUAUGAUCUCGG